GCUCUGUGCGGGCGAGGCAAAGCCCGGGCGGACGUGAGCCGGGGAAAAGGGGGGACCGCGCGUGCAGUGCAGGGCUCCUUCGCAUGUUGCGCGGUUAUUUUGGGUCCUCGCUCUUGUCAUGGGACUAGAGCAGAAAUCGGGGCUGCACUGCCACCUCUGGUUUGCAGCCUCAUAAACCUCGUUUCACUCGGGCUCCAGUCGCUGCUGCUCCCCGCACGCGCCGGCCGCUGCCCCUCUCUGUCUUCUUGGGAGGAGAGUGUCUCCCGCUACCCGGGGAGCCCCGCCGCCCCCAGUGAGGCCAUGGCGUCGGGCAGGAGGGGCUGGGACAGCAGCCGCGAGGAUGAUCUGCCCGUCUACCUGGCCAGGCCAGGUACCACGGACCAGAUCCCCCGGCAGAAGUACGGGGGCAUGUUCUGCAACGUGGAGGGCGCUUUCGAGAGCAAGACGCUGGAUUUCGAUGCCCUGAGCGUGGGGCAGCGAGGGGCGAAGACCCCGAGGAGCAGCCAAACCAGCGGCGCGGGGAGCCGGCCGGUGACGGCGGAGCCUGAUACCCCCCGGAGGAGCCAAGCCCGGGAGGACUGCCGAGAUCCCCCCACUCCAGCCCUCGGCGGGGUGGAGAUCCGGAGCGCUUCGGGCAAGGAGGUGUUGCAGAACCUCGACCCCAAAGAUAAGAGUGACCGUCUUCUUAUUAAAGGGGGCAGGAUAGUCAACGAUGAUCAGUCCUUUUAUGCAGACAUCUACAUGGAAGAUGGCUUAAUAAAGCAAAUUGGAGACAAUCUGAUUGUACCUGGAGGAGUGAAGACCAUCGAAGCUCAUGGGAAGAUGGUCAUCCCCGGAGGCAUAGAUGUUCACACCCACUUCCAGAUGCCCUACAAGGGAAUGACCACAGUAGAUGACUUCUUCCAAGGGACUAAAGCCGCCUUAGCUGGUGGGACCACCAUGAUCAUCGACCAUGUGGUCCCUGACCCAGAAUCCAGCCUGACUGAGGCCUUUGAGAAAUGGCGAGAGUGGGCAGAUGGGAAGACCUGCUGCGACUACUCCUUGCAUGUGGAUAUCACUCAUUGGAAUGACAGAGUCAAGCAAGAAGUUCAGAACCUUAUCAAGGACAAAGGUGUCAACUCCUUCAUGGUUUACAUGGCUUACAAGGAUUUGUAUCAGGUCUCCAACACAGAGCUCUAUGAGAUCUUUACCUGCCUUGCAGAACUGGGUGCCAUUGCUCAGGUUCAUGCAGAAAAUGGAGAUAUCAUCGCACAGGAACAAGCCCGGAUGUUGGAAAUUGGAAUAACUGGCCCUGAAGGCCAUGUGCUGAGUAGACCAGAGGAGCUGGAAGCUGAGGCUGUUUUUCGGGCAAUCACCAUUGCCAGUCAAACCAACUGCCCUCUCUACAUCACCAAGGUCAUGAGCAAGAGUGCUGCGGAUCUCAUCUCUCAAGCCCGCAAGAAAGGAAAUGUGGUGUUUGGUGAACCCAUCACAGCCAGUCUUGGUACAGAUGGGACACACUAUUGGAGCAAGAAUUGGGCUAAAGCUGCCGCUUUUGUGACAUCUCCCCCACUGAGUCCUGACCCCACCACUCCGGACUACAUCAACUCCUUGUUGGCAAGUGGGGACCUGCACCUGGCUGGGAGCGCCCACUGCACCUUCAGCACCGCCCAGAAAGCCAUCGGCAAGGACAACUUCACAGCCAUCCCCGAGGGCACCAAUGGGGUGGAGGAGCGCAUGUCCGUCAUCUGGGAUAAGGCUGUGGCUACUGGGAAAAUGGAUGAAAACCAAUUUGUAGCUGUGACAAGUACUAAUGCCUCCAAGAUCUUCAACUUGUACCCUCGGAAGGGAAGAAUAUCUGUGGGUUCUGACAGUGACCUAGUCAUUUGGGAUCCAGAUGCUGUGAAGAUUGUUUCAGCCAAGAACCAUCAGUCGGCUGCAGAAUACAAUAUCUUUGAAGGGAUGGAACUGCGAGGAGCACCCCUCGUGGUCAUUUGCCAAGGCAAGAUCAUGCUGGAGGAUGGCAAUCUUCAUGUGACCCAGGGGGCUGGGCGCUUCAUCCCCUGUAGCCCAUUCUCUGACUUUGUCUAUAAGCGCAUUAAAGCUCGGAGGAAGAUGGCUGAAAUGCACGCUGUGCCAAGGGGGAUGUAUGACGGGCCAGUGUUCGACUUGACCACCACUCCCAAAGGAGGCACCCCUGCAGGCUCCACCAGGGGGUCACCAACUCGCCAGACACCCCCAGUGAGAAACCUUCAUCAGUCAGGAUUUAGCCUGUCAGGUACGCAGGUGGAUGAAGGUGUCCGCUCUGCCAGCAAGCGUAUUGUGGCACCUCCUGGAGGCCGUUCUAAUAUAACAUCCCUGAGUUAAGUAGUCCCAAAGAGGAUGAGAAAUGAGAAGAGAUUUUUCAAAGCCAAAAUGGUACAUUGGUAUUUAAGAAAGAAAGAAAGUGAACCCAAACAUUUCCAAUCUGAAGAAUCAAUAAGCCUUCAAAGCCUUAUUUUUUUUUUCUCCCAAUGCUACUCGCUUGCCUAGCUUUAACAAUAUUGCUUCAUUUUCUGUUCUGGUUCUGUUUUUUUUGGUUGUUGUUGUUGGGGUUUUUUUUUGCAUAGCCUUGAAAGUUUUUUUCCCUCUUUUACAUGCAUGCAAUAAGAUGAGUCACUAAGUUAAGAGUCUGUAACCUCCAUAUGUGUUGCGCGCUUGUGUACUGCUGAGUUAUAAGAUGGGGUUAGACAAAUCUGGGAAGACAGGGAAUCACAAAGCUAGAACAAAAGGGAAAGAGGCCGCUUGGGGUGGAAGGGUGGUGGGAGCCCUGGCAGAGGGGCAGCGGGUGGGCUGAGUGCGGGAGGUGGGUGGGCCAGGGGAAGGAAAAGGGGAUGUUGUGUAUCGUGUUGAGUACUUCUGUUUCCAAUGAAGCCAGUCAGACGUGGCCACCGUCAUCGUUGCCUCAUCCAUCGCGGUACCACGGGGCCUCCAGAGAAGGCAAGCAGUUUCUGUCACGUAGCCUUUGUCCUAUUGCCUCUUAAUCUGACUUGUGUUACUUUGUACAUUUUAUUAAAAAACGAAAGGCAAUCACUUCCUUCCACCUGCUUGGUCGCCCCCAUUCUUUGGUCUCUUGCUCGGUUGUUUUCAAGGCUGCCUUCCUCUCUGACGCGAGGGGAGGAAGGAGCUUCCAUUUUCUCUCUUCCUGCCGGUGUCUUCAGCCCUAUUGGUUUCUGCCAGGUGACUGGCGAGAGGUGACCUGGGGAGGUGGGGCGUAGAUAACUCAGUAUGGUGGGGCACCUUACAAAGAACAACUCCUUAACUCUUCCCCGAGGAUGGAUCACUCUUGCACAUUGACAAAGAGAGAGAGAAGGACGUUUUCAUGCAUAAAAGGGGGUUGUCAGCUUGGAGGUGGCUAAAAAAGGUUCCAUCGAGCCUCCUGGGGGGAAGCCAAGCCAAGCGGGUCUGGGCAGCUGAUUCUCUUAAUUUCUUGGUGCUCAUACAGCUUCAGAUUGGAUGGAAGGAUCUGUUUUUUUUUUUUUUUUGGCAGGCGUUUUCCCAGGCAUCUCUUGAAAUUCUAAUUAACAGUAAGGAACCUCAUCUCUUGUGGAUCUGGGGAUGAGUAUGGAAGAAGGGAGGGAGUCAGAAGACUUUUUCACUGAUGUUUUCUUUUUCAUUUGUAACUGAUCUAUUUUUUCCUUCAUUAUGAAGUAAACCUGUUGUGUUUAUGAAGUCUUGUAAAGGUCAGGAAAGGGUGGGCCUCUUAUUCCACCUUAGCAAAAUGUGGGAGUUGGACUAGAUAAUCUUUUAAGGUCUCUUUGACUGCUUAAGCCCAUGACUACAGGGCUAGAAUUUUCUAAUGAAGUGGGGUCUUGCAUACACCUUUUUUUGACUUCUGAAUUCAAGCAUUGAUUAUCAACUUGUCAUUUUCUUGCAAUAUAUAUUGCAAGCACAAACUUUCUGAAUACCUGCAAGCGGGAACAGAAAACAUGGGCAUAUUUUUUCCAAACCCAGAGAUUCUGAGGCAUUUAUGCUAAUAACAUGGUUUUUAUUUUCAGCUUUCUGACCUGAAGAGGGCAAUUAGUUGAGUAGACAAACCCCUACGAACAGAGAAGGGGACUCCCAAUGUUUUGGGGGGGGUCUCCUCAAUACUCUAGCUUGUUCCUCUGUAGACUGAUGCAUUUCCACUUUUCCCUUCCUGCCUAGUAUAUCCAGCCCUUUUUUUGCCUGAAGAAAUAUUAGAACCAUCCCACCAAGUCUCCCUGCUACCUGUCUGUAUUGUGAAUCAAGCCAGAGAUGAAAAAGAGAACAGAACAGACUGAAAAUGACUAAGGAGUAUUUUAAUGAACUGAAAUUUCAUUUAGCAUGAUGUCCUCAACACUUAAAGUUUUGGCUUUGAGAAAACCUUCUGGAGUGAAGAAUGAGAACCUUAGUGUUGAGACGAUCUAAUUCCCUAAGGAACAAAAUGAAAUCUGUGCACUACCCUGUUGAUGGGACCAUUUGUGUCUCUGAAAGCUAACCUUUUAGUGACAGUUGCCAUGAAUGGUAUUUACCAUAUUAUCUUUCCUAUUCCUCUGUUUUGACUCAGUUCUAGAUGUUAGAUGGGCUACAACAGGAUGUAGCAUUUUUAGAUUUAUUUUAUCUGGGUGAGGGAUAGAAUUAGGCUUAUGUCAGUUGGAGUCGCUGGUCCCCAAUAUAAACCUUUAGCCCUUUGCAUUUAACCUGAGAUGCCCUCUCACUAAAAGGGAGUGAGCCGAGAACACCUUGCUGGUUCUAAGACUUAAUUGUAAUCCUAAACCAUGGCCACAAGAUAGCGCUAAUGUUACAGAAAUGAACAUCUUCAGCCUUUCUGCCUCAUUUUGAAGGGGCUAACCUGUUUAAGGUCCAUGAAAACCCUCCAUAUUAUCAUUCUUUUUUCAUGGUUGCCCAUCCAUCUCACCUGUGCCCACUCAUGUUAUUGAAAGAUUCUGACAUAAAAGAAUUGGCUGAGCCUUUCGAUUUGCACAUGCAGAUUAAGUCUCAGAGUUGUAGAUUAUCUUAGAGUGGGGUGCCAGACCUCAUCUGUUUGUUCACUUUGAUAGCAACUUGCCAAACCCAGCAAUUCCAGGUGAAAAUAGAUCUCUAACAUCUUGCUGAGUUUGACUUUCACAGAAUUGAUUGUUUGGAUUUUAGAGUUUUUGGUCUAAUUUUUAAAUGGUUGGAUUUCUUAUUGAACAGUUGCAGGAAAAAAAAAAUUACAUCAAGUAAUGACCUACUGUCCAAAAAAUUCAUCAGGCUUCUUCUUCAGGUAGUCAAUAAAAAGUAGGAAAAGGAAAUGACUCACAGCAUGAACUGUAGAGAUUGAAGCUGUAGGUUCUGUAAAUGGUUUUUUUUUUUUUUUUUUACCAGAGUUCUCAUUAUAACAUAUAACACACCAUUCUAUAAUCCUCUCUCCAAAUCUUUAUGCCCUCUUCUUGAGGUGAGGCUCUCAGAUGGCCUCCUUCAGCCUCAGUUUGUCAUUCAUCAUCCCAUCCUCAUCCUGAGCCCUAUGAUCUCUGAUCUUGUGAUUUU